GGACGUCACAGGCGGGGUGAAUGACCGGCGGAAAGUAGCAAAACAGCCGAGCUCUCGUUCCGUGCGGGCGGCGCCGGCUCCAGCUCCUGCUCCUGCUCCAAUGGGCUCUCCAGGCGGCAGUCUCCCUCUGCGACAUCUCGCUGCCUGCCUCUGAGCAGCCGGCACCAUCUCAGUCGCUGCUCCUGCGGGGAAAGCCGCUGCGAGAAGAAGCAGCAGAAGGAUGCGUACGUUUCAUUUGGACACACGUGCAACUUCCUGGAACGCCAAGUGCCAGCUGAAGUUACUCGGAGUCGCCGCUUCCUAGUAACCGGGGCGCGCUUGCAUGUUCAACAUCGCCGCCUGAUCCCUUUCCUUCCUUCCUCCCUUCCUCCCUUCCUUCCUUCCCUCGCUCUCUGUGUCUCUCCUGAGGUUAUUUGGUUUUGUUGGGUUGUUGUUUUUCCAUGGUCCGUGCCCUCGCUCUGUGACUCUCGCAAGCGCCUCUCUCCCUCUCUCCCUCCCUCGCCGCCGUUUGGUGCCCACCGCCCAGCUAUGGGUUCUGUCAAAAACGGGUUUCGACGCAACGACACUUACGUCCUGGCCGUCGAUGUUGGAUCCACGUCCAUCAGGUGCUCCAUCUACGACCGAGCCGCCAAGAUCCAAGGCUUCAGCAGUAAACCGAUAGAGAUAUUGUAUCCCAAACCUGGAUGGGUUGAAAUGGAUCCAGAAAUCAUGUUUGAACAGUUUGUUGCUGUUGUGAAAGAGGCAGUGGAAGCUUCACACUUGCAUAUGAAGCAGAUGGUAGCUCUGGGCAUUUCAACACAGAGAGCAACGUUUGUUACUUGGGACAAUAAGACAGGCAAACCAUUUCAUAACUUCAUCUGCUGGCAAGAUCUUCGAGCAGUGAACCUUGUCAGAUCGUGGAACAGCUCUUUGCUACUUUGGUUAAUUCAUAGAUCCAGCGCCAUGCUCCAUUUUCUUUCCCGACAGAAACGCUUCUUGGCUGCGAGUGUGAUCCAGUUCUCCACACAGCACGUGUCCCUACGUUUAGCCUGGGUUCUCCAAAAUAUAAAACAGGUCCAAGAGGCUGUAGCUGAAGAUAGGUGCUACUUUGGCACUAUAGACACAUGGCUGCUGUACAAACUGACAAAAGGUGCUGUAUUUGCAACAGAUUUCUCGAAUGCAAGUACUACAGCAAUCUUUGACCCAUAUCAGUUGUGCUGGAGUACAUUCCUUGCCAAUCUCCUCUCAGUGCCUGUGUCCAUUCUCCCUCCAGUGAAGGAUACCAGCUACAAUUUUGGUUAUACUGACAUAAGUAUAUUUGGAACCACUAUUCCAAUCAUGGCAUUGGCAGCGGAUCAGCAAGCAGCCAUGUUCGGAGAAUGCUGCUUUCAACCAGGAGAUGUAGAGCUCACAAUGGGAACAGGCACCUUUAUGUCCAUCAAUACUGGAACCAAACCCCACACGUCUGUAACAGGACUUUAUCCAUUGAUUGGCUGGAAAAUUGGAUCUGAAGUAACGUAUAUAGCAGAAGGAAAUGCUGCCGAUACGGGCAAAGUGAUCCAGUGGGCACAGAGGAUAGGCUUAUUCACUGAUGUUAAUGAAACAGAAAAGAUGGCACAGGAAGUUCAAAAUUCAGAUGGUGUAUUCUUUGUUCCAUCUUUCAGCGGAUUACAGGCACCUUUAAAUGAUCCGAAUGCAUGUGCGUCAUUUAUGGGACUGAAACCUUCAACAAACAAAAUGCAUCUAGUCCGAGCAAUAUUGGAAUCCAUAGCCUUCAGGAACAAACAACUAUAUGAUACAAUGCUGAGAGAUAUCCGCAUUCCAAUAACACGUAUCAGAGCAAAUGGUGGUAUAUCCAACAACCAUUUUGUCAUGCAACUCACCACCGAUCUGAUUAUGUGUGACAUUGAGAAGCCUAGCUGGGUGGAUAUGUCCUGUCGUGGGGCAGCGUUUUUCGCGGGUCUUGCAAUUGGAUACUGGGAAAGCCAAGAAGAUUUGGUGAAGAUGAGAACUGUGGAAAAGAUCUUCAGACCACAAGCUGUGCUACAUAACUUUAAACCCACAUUAGAGAACUGGGAAUUGGCUGUGAAACGAUCCAUGCACUGGUACAAUAAAACAAAACAGGAGUGAAUUUUUACUUGAAUAAAAGGUAGCACUGAACGAGCUUACUAACGUAAAGGUUCCAAGUACAAACCGUUUCCCUAGACAAGGUUUGCAUCAAUAAAUCUAAAGGGGGGAAAUAUGGAAUUUCUAUAAAUUCCGCAUUCAAUUUUGUUGUAGAAAUUGCUGUGGAAAAGCUUGCCAAUGUAAAACCAAUUGUGCCUGCAACAAUAGGCAAAAAUAUUGAAAUUCAUGUUUCGUUAUUUAUUCCCAGUGCCAUCUGUCAUUGUGUCGAAAUGACAUUCAAAAUUGUGAAAUGCAGGGCUAAAUUGGUGAAAACUGUAUGGGAGGGGCUGGAUUGUGACAUGCCUUUUCUACAUGUCAGCUCCAUUUCAUUGUAAUCUCUGUUAUGGAACAAAUAUCAAAACUAUUAGGAGAUUUUUAACUUACCUCUUUGGGCCUGAAGCUAACAUUGCAUUUCUAAUUCCAAUGAUGUCUGUCUGAUUACAACAUUAAUUACACUUCACUAAUGUAAAGCAUUUGGGACUCGGCAAGAUUCUAGAGAUAGAAAAACAAUUUUUUUUGGACAACAAAUCACAAUCCAUUUGCAGGAAAGCUCUGAGUACUGAGUAUUUUAAUAUAACAAUAUCUUUAUUAAUCCCAUCCAAAUGAUCUAAUUUACCUUACAUAAGUUUACAGAUUACCAACAUGUGCCUUAUUAAACGUUUCACUAUAAGUGACGUAGUUCUGCCAAAUGUUUUGUCAAAAGGCAGAACAACUUAGAUUAAGCUGAUUAAUUAUCAAAGCGUAAUGCCUUGCCAUAAAACUAUUUGGAAAAGAGUAAAGAAACCUAAUUUCAAUUUUACUUUAUUAUAUUGUAUGUUUU